CAGAGUCAUUAGUUCAGAGACGUCAGUUGAGGGCGUGAGAGCGAGAGACAGAGACGCAGAGACACGAUGGUUGAAUUCAGACGGAUUAAUACGACUUUAGUGGUGAUACUGCUGCUUCAGUUUACAGUUUUAUCUUCAACACCAGUGACUGGACCGAAUUCCUCCCUCACUGUCAGAGCUGGACAUAGUGUCACUUUGCCUUGUGAAAAUGUGAUAAAACCUCAGGACAAAUGUAACAGUACUACCUGGAUCCACAGUCGUGAUGGUGAAACAUCAAACGAGCUGAUUAAUCUUGGGCGGAUAGGUACAAAUGAGAUUUCUAAAGCUAAAUCAGACAGACUGAAUUUGACAGAAGACUGUUCUCUGUUUAUAAAAAAUGUCACACGUGAGGAUGUUGGUCAUUACACCUGCAAACAGUACAACAGAUCAGGACAAGAACAAGGUCCAGACUUUCAGGUUCUUCUGUCUGUUAUUAACAUGACUCAAGAUAAACAAAAUGAUACGAUCACCUUGUUCUGCUCUGUGUUGACAUACAAAGAGUGUAAACACACAGUGGAGUGGGUGUACGAGGGUAAUCAGAAUGACGUAGAGAUAAGACCAGCUGCCUGUUCAUCCAGGGUGGCAUUUGCUUCUCAUCUUGAUCAAAAGUUGCUGAAGUGUAACGUGACAGAUACUGAGACUCGAGAAACUCUGCUGAUGGAUGUCGGACCCUUUUCUUUGAGAGAGAAAACAGGAAAUGCAUCAAAAGGGAGAAAUAUUCCCCCGUCUGAAAAGAAUAACGAUCCAAAAGGUGAGUGGUGGUGGUACAUCGUUGCGGCUGUGGGUUUAGCAGCGCUCUUAAUAGUCAUUGUGGCGGUCAUCAGAUGGAAGAAAACUAAAGGGGACCGACCACGUAUGGAUGACAGGAUCGAACAGGGCCUUAACCCUGCAGUGACUCAGCCAGGUCCAGAAAACACGGCGGAUCGUGAAGAGGAUGUUUCCUACGCCUCCGUCAGCUACAGCAAGAACACCAGCAGCAAGAACACCAGCAGCAAAGCCCAGGGUCAGAGUAAGGAAGAUGAUGAAGAAGAUGAUUUAGUGACCUACAGCACGGUGAAAGCUCCUUCUUCUUCUUCUUCUGCUGGAGCCUCCGCUGAUCCCAGUAGCCUCUACGCUACCGUCAACAAACCAACAAAAGAAGCGGUGACAGUUACAGCUCAUGUCGAAACAUUGAUUUCACAUUGAAAACCAAGUAUUUUUUAUUCUGUGAGGCCCUUUAACUAGAAAUCCACUCACUGUGUUACUGAUAUUCAUUGAUACC